AUGAGCACCCAAGCCCACGCAGACGGACCAGAGGCCCCUCUUACCCGCAGGGACAUGAGAGGCUUCCUGGCAGACUUUCGCAGCUCGGUGGCAGAAGAGCUGGACAAACGCCUCAACCCUAUUCUGGAGAACAUGGCGGACCUUACCGCCCGCACGCAGGCAGUGGAGGACAACAUGGCGGAGGUGCAAAACAGCGUGCACACACACGAGGGGGCAUUGCAAGACCUCCGUGACCAGCUGCGUGCCCUGGAGGAUGCAAAUGAGGACCUCAGCAACAGAACCCGCCGCAAUAAUAUUAGAGUGAGGGGAAUCCCAGAGACAGUCACGGCGGAGUUACUCUCAGACACCCUGCAAAAUGUCUUUACCCGGCUUCUACCAGAGGCCACAGCAGCUGAGCUCCUUAUGGAUCGAGCGCACAGAGCACUGAGAGCUCCGUCUGCAGCAACCACCGGUUCUAGGGACGUCAUAGUGCGGAUGCACUUCUACCACAUCAAGGAGCAACUGAUGAGAGCGGCCAGGGAGACCCCCCUGGAGGUGGAGGGAGUGCCGAUCCAAUUCUAUCAGGAUCUGGCACCAGCCACCCUCAGGAGAAGGCGAGAUCUUCGGCCACUAACACAGCAUCUCACGCAGCAUGGCCUCCGGUAUGCCUGGGGCCACCCUUUUAAGCUUAUCGUCCGGAGGGACAACAAAUUUCUCACCUUAACCAGGCCAGACGAAUCCGCAGUCCUCCUUGACCAACUGGGUCUCCCUCCGCUACCAGAACCAUCUCGCAGCAUGCAGGCCCCUUCCACCCUACAGGACGCCGCCAGCAGCAAGACAACUGGUGACCGUGACCGCCGACAUCAGCAAGCAGGGCAUCGGCGGUCACGGGCCUCGCAUACGUAG